UAUUAUAUUCUUUUAUAGACGUUACAGAUACAGAAUGGUGUUCGGUGUCUCUAGUGCCUGUGAAAGCAAUGAGGUCAAACGUGGGAUGUAAGGUGGGGUUCUAGCAUGGCUCAACUAAAAAUUUGGACUUGGAGGACCAGUGAAGAAUUCAUUUUCUAACAAGUCAUUUCAUGCACAUCAUUUCAGAAGUCCCAAAAACACAGCAGGGCAAAAACAGAGCACUAUAUUUAAAGACCCCAAAACGGCCCCUCCUCCUCCUCCUUCUCCUUUAUCCUCUUCGUCGCCAUGGGAGAAGAUGCAGAGUGGGUUCGGGUCGAAGGGCCCAUCGUAAUCGGAGCGGGUCCUUCCGGGCUCGCCGUCGCCGCCUGCCUGAAACAGAGCGGCGUCCCCUGCCUCCUCCUCGAGCGGAGCGACUGCAUUGCUUCGCUGUGGCAGCAGCGGACCUACCACCGCCUCAAGCUCCACCUCCCCAAGCAGUUCUGCCAGCUUCCCCUCUUCGACUUCCCCGGAAACUUCCCAAAGUACCCUUCCAAGCGCCAGUUCAUCUCCUACAUGGAGUCCUACGCCGCCCACUUCUCAAUCCGGCCCGUGUUUAACCAGGAGGUGAGGACGGCGGAGUUCCACCCCGCCCGCGGCGUCUGGGUCGUGGUCACCGGAGACCGCACGUACUGCUCGCCGUGGUUGGUCGUCGCCACCGGCGAGAAUGCCGAGCCGCUGGUCCCGGAUAUCCCGGGGCUCGACCGGUUCGCCGGCCCCGUCGUGCACACGAGCAUGUACCGGUCCGGUUCGGAAUUCAAGAACCACAGAGUACUGGUGGUGGGUUGCGGGAACUCCGGCAUGGAGGUCAGCAUGGACCUGUGCAGCCAUAACGCCAGCCCUCACAUGGUGGUCCGAAACUCAGUCCACGUUUUACCCAGGGAGAUGUUUGGGAUAUCUACAUUUGCAAUAGCCAUGGGGCUGUUGAGAUGGCUGCCGUUAAAAGCCGUCGACAAGCUACUUCUGCUGGCGGCGAACUUGACGUUUGGAAAGACGGAGAGGUUGGGGCUCCGGCGGCCGAAGACCGGUCCGAUCGAGCUAAAGAACGCCACCGGGAAGACGCCGGUCCUGGACGUCGGAGCGUUGUCCUUAAUUAAGUCCGGCAAAAUAAAGGUGAUGAAGGGGGUAAAGGAGAUAAGCAGAAAUGGGGCAAAAUUUGUGGACGGACAAGAAAAAGAAUUUCAUUCUAUAAUUCUUGCAACGGGCUAUAAGAGCAAUGUCCCCACCUGGCUUAAGGGUUGUGAUUUCUUCACGGACGAAGGGAUGCCGAACACGCCCUUUCCAAACGGGUGGAAAGGGGAGAACGGGUUGUACACCGUUGGAUUUACACGAAGAGGGCUUCUAGGGACCUCAUCUGAUGCCAUGAACAUUGCUAAAGAUCUUGCUCAACAAUGGAGGAAACCUUGUUCCAGUUCUACCCCUACUUCCCUAUCAUCAUAGCCAAUGGGUACGGUGCGUGCCAUUGUUAGAGGAUAGUUUUGGGAGAAUGGAGGGGUAGAUUGGUAAGAGCAAAGGGAAUUUUUUUUUUAAUUUAAAUGUUCCCGAAAGUAGUGGAAGUUGUGGUAUGCCAUUUUUUUCAAUCAUCUCUUUCUUGGAAACAAAUCAUUUGUAAAUAUCCAAUUUUGCUUAGGGAUCUGUUUUCUAUUCUCUUAAAAUUAACUUGUGUAACACCAAUUGUGGGUAUGUAAUGUUAGAAUAAAAGUUGUGGAAAUAG